CUCGCAGGGCCUAAUUGGUUGCGAACUCAAACGCCGUCGUUUUGAAAGCGACUAUAUAUGAACGGCCUAGGCUUCCUGUCGUGUAAAAAUUGGUGCGAAACGAGAGAUCGAAGCCUUCCCCAAGUUUGAUUCAGAUUCGGACACGAAGAAUCGAAAAUGUCUUCAUUAGCAGCAGCAAGAGCAGAUAAUUUCUACUACCCACCAGAAUGGAGUCCAAAAAAGGGUGGUUUGAACAAAUUUCAUGGUCAACAUGCUCUAAGGGAGAGAGCAAGAAAGAUAGACCAAGGCAUUUUGAUUAUUAGGUUCGAGAUGCCAUUCAAUAUAUGGUGUGGCGGUUGCAAUUCAAUGAUUGCAAAGGGUGUACGAUUCAAUGCGGAGAAAAAGCAAGUGGGAAACUACUAUUCUACCAAGAUAUGGAGUUUCACUAUGAAAUCUGCAUGCUGCAAGCAUGAGAUUGUUAUUCAGACAGAUCCUAAGAAUUGUGAGUAUGUGAUUAUAAGUGGAGCUCAAAAAAAGACCGAAGAUUUUGAUGUUGAGGAUGCAGAAACAUUUGCACUUCCUGCAGAUGAAGAAAGGGGCAAGCUUUCAGAUCCAUUUUAUCGGCUUGAACAUCAGGAAGAGGAUCUGCAGAAGAAGAAAGAAGCUGAACCCGUAAUAGUGCGACUUCAACGGGUAUCUGAUGCCAGGCAUUCAGAUGACUAUGCCCUUAACAAGGCGCUUCGAGCUCGACUUAGAAGUCAAAAGAAAAGAGUUUCUGAAGAAGAAGCCACUUCGAGGAAAAUGGGACUUGGCGUACGGCUGCUUCCAGUUACUAAAGAAGAUGCUACUACUGCAGCACAUAUGAAGUUUUCCUCCAAGUUUGAAAGAAACAGGAGGGACAAGCGAGCUUUGAUUAAUGCUGCUUCAAUCUUUCCUGAAUCUUCAAGGGCUUCCUUGCCCAACAAGAAGCUUUUGGAUUUGGAAGCCAAAAGAAGGAAAAUCAGUGCAGUUGCAGCCUCUAAUUUACUGACAGGGGGAUUCAGGCCAUCUUCACUGUUACAGGGUGCUGUUUCUUCGAUCAGGCAUAAGCAAAGUUCUAGACGUUUUUAGGUGUGGCUUUUAGAUGCUGCUAGCUAGACCAAUGCUGCUCUUCAGGAAUUUGAGGUAUCGUGCAUCUUUUUAGCGGGUCUUUGCCUGUUGGCAUAAGAUGAUGUGUAUAUGAUUGUUACUGCUUCCCCUACUUUCUUUUGUCGGCACCUUAUAUCCACGGUUGAUUCAGACGAGGUUAUGGCAUGUCUAUUUGGUGGUUAUGAAAUGAAAUAGAAUAAUAAUUAUUGAGAGUGCUA